AUGCCGGGCGCGACCAGCAGCGUGCAUUGCCUGGAGGAGCAGGUGGACGAUGCGUACGAACCCACGAGUGAGGAGCUUCGAGAUUACGCAGAAUGGCUGGGUAUGGACCCUCUCCAAGAUGGAGAUCUCCUGUGGAUCGCUCGUCGCGGGUUGAAGACGCCAUUGCCGAAGCCCUGGCGCCCGUUCGAGGCUGCGAGCGGUGACAUCUUCUUCUACAAUCCGGACACAGGUGAAAGCCAGUGGGAUCAUCCGUGCGACCAUGAGCUUCGGCAGCUGUAUGCUGCUGAGAAGGCAAAGCAACAGCUUGAUCCAGGGGUGCUGGGCCUGGGCACACCAGGCAAAGACCUUUCGGUCAGCUCUAUUUGCGAGGAGACUUCACCCCGCAGAUCCUUUGACGAUUUCACCGAGCAGACACCUUCCCCACAGAGCAAAGCAUCUAGCAUCCCGGCUGAGGAUCGGGGGUUGGCAGCGCUUGCUGCCAGCGCGGUCAAAGCCUGCACAGUUGAAGACGGCGGAAGGGACCCUGCAUGCAUUAGGCAGACGCAAUUGAUGCCGGAGCGCCCGUCAAAGCCUCCACCAUCAAGACUCCGACCUCCUCGACCCAAGCCUUUGCAACUGGAAUGCGAUGACGCUGCAUUUUGCCGAUCCCCUGCAACGUGCAGCCCGGAGCAACCGGAGCAACCGGAGCCAAAGCAGACAACGCCGAGCCCAGGCAAGGAGCCAGCAGACAGGGUUGCUCCUGGCGAUGUCCAGAGCCCACCCACUCCUCGGCUGAGUGCUGUGCUGACUGCAGAGUUGUGUUCUCGCAAGUCUGAGGCUGGUGAUCGGUGUCUAUGGAAUCGGCUUGAAGGUGAGGAGACUCUCUGUCAACUUCCGCAAUCUCAGAGGGGAGACUCCCACAACUCCCACAACUCCCACAGCUUAAGCAGUGUCAACGGAGACUCGCUCGAAAUCUCCUCGCUGACUGCAGUGCUUGAGGGCUCAAACAUCGAGAGUGAUAGCUUCAGUCGUGGCAAAAGUGAGGUGCCAUCACAAGAGAAACAGCCGGGUCUUGCUGAAGCCCUCGAAGCACCUACGGGGCGGACGGGGUCGCCAGCAGCCGCACACAGCGAGCUACGCCGUCUGCGCAAGCAGCUUGAAAGCACUUUCCGGGCUUCCGAUGUAUCCAACGAGACUUCGUCACCGCAGUCACCGGGCCGGAAGCCAGAAGCUGAUAUCAAGGAAGAGACACAGCAUUCGGGGCAUUCACAGGAGAAGCCAGUGCAAGAUUCAACCACGCAGACAGAUGAGACAACCACAGCCAGCACUACCGAAGCCGAGCAUCUCUCAAAAGCCGCAGACUCACCUGGGGAGGAGCUGUCCCCACUUCAGCCGCAUUCCCCACUUCAGCCGCAUUCCCCGCUUCAGCCGCGUUCCCCUCUCCAGACACCAGCCGAUGAAAACAUCCCCUUAAGCAUAAGAGAGGACGCGGAGGUCCUGUCGAUGAAAAAGUCCAUGGCUUCUCUUGCCGCAGAGCUCAGCGCAGUGGCCUGCAAGACAGCAGAAAGAAGCAAGCUGUCAGACACGCAAAGAAAAGACAGCUGCUUCCUAAGGGAUGUCACGAACAAAAUGCAUGAUUUGCCAGAGGCAGGAUUGAAGCUACCUACAACUCCCCGAACUGCAGGGAAUUGGAUGGAUAUUACUAGUAUGACAAAUAUGCGAAUGCAAUUGGAGCUGCAGGAGCAACAGCGUACUGCACUAGAGCGGCAAGUGGAUGAGUGUUUGUCCACGUACAGCAUGGAGCAAGCCGCCCAUGCCGCAACGAAGGCAGCCUUGCGAGAAAGCCAACGUGAGGUUCUGCGGCUACAAAGCCAGGUCCAAUUCAAGGAAACCGAGACGCAGCGCCUUGAGAUGGAGCUCCAAAGAUGUCAAUCAGAGCUCGGCUGCGUUUUUUCCCAGGCGAAGCAAGCACAACUCCAGCUUAAGGCCCAGCAGGCGGAGCUCGCCCAGGUCAAGAUGAGGCUGUCACAGAAUGAGCCAAGACCUAAGCAUACCCCAUCUCGAGCAGUGUGCAGCUCAGCCAUGCGAGAGCCAAAGCUAUCAAGUGAAGCACCCACUCAGCUCACUCAUGAGUCUGCUGACAAUGCUAACGUCGGUGACGUUGCGGAGUCAACGCUCCGGCGUUGUCAAUCAUUCGGUGGAUCGUCAGGAGCUCGACUGACAUCGGAGGUCUCCGAUGCUUUGCGCAAGCGGCGGAGAGAGCUUCGAAAACAGCAUGCCGUGCUUGAGCAGGAGCGCCGCCAAUGGCGCCUUGAUGCGCGCAGCUUGCGUCGGAGCCAAUCAGCUGAUGCAACGGCCGAAGACUUGGUGAGGGCGCGGGCUGCUCUGGAUGCGCGCGCAUCAGCUCUCAACCAGUCCAUAUGCGAGUACCGAGCAUUGCAACGAGCUUUGACGAGCGGCAGCCUUCAUCAGGAUGCUCCCUGA